CUCGCGCCUUUUCGUUCGCCGAGCAGUAAUGUCAAAUAUGAAUCGCACGAAUAGGACUGCAUUCCACGGCGGCUCCGUGUUUUUUUACGUGUUCGCGACAUGCUAGCACGUAAUCACGAUUAAUCUGCAAACGUAGUUUUUUUAAUAUCCCUUCGUUCGUAUGCAUUUAUAAUCUUCUAGAAGAAGAUAAAGUGCUCGAAAGUUUUCACCGUGUUUCGUGAAUAGAAACUUAGAAAAGGAGAUAUAAAAGUAAUGAAACCUAAGAAAUCUAAAUGAAAUAACAGCGAUCAUGAGCUCGAUUCAACAAAGUGGCAGGUUUCUUCCAUUUUCUAAUAACAAUAUACAAAGAAAGCAGUUGUCAAUGCAAGGUGGUUUACCUCAAAGCCUUAGCGGUAGUGAUACAGAUGUUUCAACUUCGAACGAAAAUUUAAGCAACGAAGAGCGAUAUGUCAUCCGUCAUACGGCUCGUCAAGAACCACAAGGUCAAGAAAAUCAGCAACAAAGUCCGUCUAGAUCUUCCAGCCAUAAAGAAAAUAUACCCAAUAUUCAAGGUAAUCUACUCAAUAGAAAUAGUUUGAAGGACAGUUUGAAUGGCUCGAACAGAAACAGUUUGAAGGAGAGUUUAAAUGGUUCUAAUCGAAAUAGUCUCAAAGACAGUAUCAAUGGAUCCAACAGAAACAGUUUGAAAGAUAAUUUAAGUAAUCGUACCAGCGUAGGUUCUAACAGAAGCAGCUUGGAUGUUUCCACAAGUUCGUACAAUACUCUUAUUAUUCAUAACGCGAACGAUGACAACUCGUGGACACCGUCAGGAAGACUAUCUGGCAUAGUAAGAGAACAUGGAGAUAUGGGUUAUGUGUAUUGCGAUGGUGGUGGUAAAGGACAUUCAAACAGCCCUACGAUGCAAUCGAUAUCGAACAUCCCUCACGAAGAUCAUCUUUACGAACAAUCUGGAGGUGGAGGUUGUCAAGAAAUUACAGACAUACCUGACGAUUACCUUAGUCAAUCGCAGGUAUUAAAGCAUCUCGCCAAGGAAGUAAAAGUGCCUUCUUAUAGUAAACUAGUAAAUAAUGGAGGAAGUAUAGAAGUAAGAAUGAGAGAAAGCGAAAGAGGGAAGCAGAACGACAGUGAAUUCGAAGACAGAUCUCCGCAAUCUUAUGCUUCCACUCUUCUGCCUUUAAAAAAUAAACUUAGAUUUCUUGGACCUAAUGAAAAAUUAACGUUAUCAAGAUCGCAGCCGGACUUAUCUAGGAUUGGUAAAGGAGACAUUGAUUCUUACGAUCCACGAGCUACUUCUCCAAGACCUCAAACCAAAGGUCGGGAAGAAAUAGGAACCGCGAUGGGUGAAAUCUGGCCACCAUCUGAAAUGAUUCAGAUAGUGAUCCAAGAAAACAGUGCCUUAAAGUUAGAGUUAGAACGUUGUUACAACAAAGUAGCAAAGUCUCAAAAGCUGGAGCAAGAAAUAUCAAAGGUUCACCGUGCACACGAGGAACUAGCUGCUUCUUGCGAGCGAAGAGAAAAACUCGAACGUGCAGCUAGAUUGAGGUUACAAAAUGACUGUAGACGAUUGACAGAAUUAAAUCGUGCAUUAAGGGAUCAAAUCGAUUUGUUAUCUUCUCGAACAGAUAGUCCUCCGAUCGUAGAAUCAAUGAAAAAAGAAUUGACGCAACGCGAAUUGCUUAUUGGACAGCUGAUCUCGCAGAAUAAAGAGUUAGCUGCCGCGAAGGAAAGACAAGAAAUAGAAUUAGCUGCACAAAGGGCAACGCUACAAGAGCAACGCACACAUAUCGAUAUUUUGGACACUGCUCUUACCAAUGCACAAGGGAACGUUGUACGUCUUGAAGAAGAGUGUCGAAGAAAACAAGUAUACGUAGAAAGAGUCGGUCAACUUCAACGAGCUUUAUCCUCCCUUCAAGCGUCCAGCGAUAGACGAGAAGAAACCGAAAGACAAUUGAGAGGACAACUUGAAAAAGAAUUAAGAGAGGGAGGUGGGGGAGGUGGUAAUAAUAGCGAACAAUCUUCGAGCGGUGAAACUAUCGCGGAUUUAAAACGACGGUUACGCGAACGAGACGAAAAAAUCAUGUCUCUCGAAGGAGACGUUACUAAAUGGGAGCAACGUUAUCUGGAAGAGAGCGCACUAAGGCAAGCUGCUAUAGACGCAGCUAGUCUUCCAAAGGAUGCAAAAAUUGCCGCUCUAGAAAAAACAAGCCAAGAUGCAGAAAAAUUAAUCGCAGAAGCUCGUUCCGAAAAAAUACGACAUAUGGAUGAAGUGCAUGCUGCACAAAAGAAAUUAACUGAUCUCGAGUCGAGAAUGAAAGAUCUGGAGUCGAAGUUAGCCGAGAGGGAUGCUAUGAUAAGAGUUCUACAAAAGCACACGUACGACAAAGAUAAUAGUAGUAGUAGUGGAGUCGGCAGUUAUCCUGCUGCACAUUCGUCUCAUUCAAGUACGUCGGCAGAUCAUCAUACUGCACUGACAAGCACACCAGAACUUGUUAGCAGUGUCUUAGGCACUGGAAGCGGUUAUGGCAGUACCGGAUCUUACGGAGUCACGGACAGUUACAAAUAUCGAAAACAAGGAAGUUUCGAGCAAACGAACAAGAGCCUUGACGAUCAGUUGAAGGAAUUAGAUUCGCAGUUACUCAGCAAGCGGGCACUUUGCUGUUUUCCAGGAUUCUCUAAUCCAGGCACUGCGUCGCGAAAAGGAAAAAUACCCAAGCCAUUAUUGGCGGGUGUAGACAGUACAGGUAGCUCGAGUACCGCUUCGAGCAAGAGUCGUUUGUUGGACGACUCUGGAGGCGAGGCAUCCGCCGGUAUAAUGGAAUUCGCAACAGCGAGCACAAGACUGAAGGGUACCGUUUCGAGAUUGUCAGAUGGUAAGCCGGAGGAGAUGUUGCUGUUGGAGAAACAAGGUAGAAGCUCGCAGAGACAAAGGAUGCAGGAAGGCGAGCCUCGUCGAGCUGGUAGUCUUCCACCGAGUUCGCUUCCACGACCACCGAGAAGUCUCAAGUCUACAAAUUCGCGUUAUUGUCGUCUGAGCGACACGGAGACGCGUAAGAAGUCGGAUCCUGGUCCAGUUUUGGAUUCGUCGAUCGGCAAGGGCCGAGAUUCUGGAAAUUGCACCUUGGAAUAUGGGAGGUUCGACGCGAAGGGACAACGUAGGAAGAAGUCACCCGGUACGGAUAGUUACGCUCAAAACAGCUCCUUGAAGAAACCUUCGUCCACGUCGGGUCACGAGUACGAGCGACUUCAAGGUGACUCCGAUAGGAAGAAAUUAACGACCGGGAACGACGUUAAGCAUAGGGACGGACAAAAUCGUUCCUUGAUACCGCCACCCUCUCGUCGAAUCGGAGAGUACGGUCGUUUGAGCGACGGCGACGCCUCUGCUAGUAGCAAAGGUGCUCUGAGAAAGCAAACGGGUUCGCGUGGACAGAGUACGGGAAGUACCGUCAGUAGUAAGAGCGGAGGACGAGAUUCUGGUGGCACUGCCAGCAGCGAGACUUCUAUCUCGUCCUUGUCGCCGAUCAAAGCGAGAUCGAUACCGCGACCAGCCAAUUAUCGUAUCCAGUUCUAAUCGGAUACGAUGGAAUACAAGAAAAAACGAAAGAGAGAAAGAGAGAGAGAGGAGCUUAUAUCUUAUUUGUCUUUCCUCUUUGACCGAGUCAAUUUUCUCUACGCCUCUCUCUUUCUUCUUUCUAUUUGUUUUCUCUCUCAUUCGAUUCGAUAGCAACGGACAG